UGUAUUUAUUGUCCGUCUGUUUCGCAGCAGUCCAAACGAUUGCGUUAAAUUUGUUCGUGUUUUUCUGCAGAAAUUUUACUCCAAUCGAUCCUAAAAAUAAUGUGAAAAGUGUUCCAAUUGUUAAACCAAAUCUAAUAUUCCCUUAAUCCGAACCGACAAAGUUAAAAUAAAUACCCAAAAUAUACCGAUUCUGAUAGAAAAGAAGUGGAAUUGUAAAAAAAAUCUCAAUUGCAAGUUUUCUUUUUGUUGUACUGCUGCUGCUUUGCGCUGUGUGUACAUACCUAACUCGUAGACGUAGUGCAUACACGAUACACAAGCUCUUUACAUAAGAACUACGUUCAGUUCAGUUUCAGUCAGUAGAGUUUUUUUCUUUUCAUUCUUAUAUACUGCAGGGCCGUGUGUUCAUUCAUUCAUUCAUAUAUUACGGAUUGACGACGAUUCCGAUUCCGAAUCCGAUUCUGUUAGUUGGUCGGGUGUAAUACACUACACGAAUUCGAAUACCUACUAUUGCCAGACCAGACCAGACCAUAGGCCGAGCCGAGACACGGUUUCGGUUAUCGAAAUUAAACCUGCUACUUGUACUUGUGCACGGAGUACGGACUGCGUGCUUUUGGUUAUUUUCUUUUCCGUAUAUGCGUCUAGCAUUGUGUCGUUUUUUUCGGUAGGUCUGUGGGCUUCUCCCGCGAUAUUGGAAUGAGCAAUUGUACCACCUUCUUCGCGGCACCUUUUCUAAUAACUUAGGUUUUGCAAAAAAAAAAUGAUAUACCUAUUUCAUUAGCUAAAAAGAGGCAAGAAAAGGCUGUUAACGCACAUUGGGCAGAAUAAAAAGUUCACAAAUGUUUAGACCUUGCUCGGAAGCAGUUUGCGUCAUAUACGAAAUCUACUUGAGCAUAUCUUAAAUAAUAAUGAAAAAGAGCUAAAAGGAAUUUAGCCUCAGAGCAAGAGAAAAAGACGACUUCCUUCUAAAAAGCAAGGAAGACAUAAUCCAGAACGACAUCGACGACAACAACGAAGACGACGCUCAAGAAGAUCGAAACAAAAAACACAACACAAAUUUACCAAAACCAAGAAAGAAGAAACCCAAUAGGACCGCACAUAGAAAAGAGGAAGGAAGGAAACCAGCAGCAGAACGAAUAUAGGAAUAUCGUACAUACCUAUACCUAACCUAUUCCUACCUACCUAUAUAAAUAUAACGACGAAAAUUCGAUACGAAUUGAAUGGAUACUACUGCAAUGAAGAUGGAGACACCGAUGAUGAUGAUGAUCGAUAAUGAAGUAGAAGUAGCGGCAGGAGUAGAAGCAGCUGCGGCACACGAUGCGACAGUUGAGAGGAUUUGGGGGAAAAUCAGGAAUACAUCGCGACCACGGGAUAGUAUUGCUGCAUCUAAUGACUUUUUCAAGUUCAUUGCGAGAUUUUCAGGGAGACGACGGAGUUCCUUGAUGAACUUGGAAGCAGUUGUACUCUUAGUCAUAAUUUCAUUAUUUUCAACAUCAGAAGCCUGCUCUAGCCGCACGGUACCAAAGCCCAGACCACCACCGCCAAGUCCUACACCUCGGCCAAACAUCACAUUCCACACAUACCCAUGCCCCCCUAACUACGCAGCUUGGUAUUGUCUUAAUUCAGCAACGUGUUUCUCUGUAAAAAUUGUCGGCGAAACUUUAUACAAUUGCGAAUGUGCUGUUGGAUACAUGGGCCCUCGAUGCGAAUACAAGGAAAUCGAUGGGUCAUAUCUACCAACUCGACCAAGAGCUAUGUUAGAAAAGGCCAGCAUUGCAAGUGGAGCCACUCUUGCCUUAAUUUUUGUUAUAAUUUUAUGCCUUACGUGGUAUAUGCGAUGUCAACAAAAACAAAAAGCCAGUAGGCUCGAACAAGCCGAUUGUGGAAUGGACGUAGUCGACGGAAUGAUGAAACCCGAAAAGAGGCCCUUCGGCCCACACCAUCAUUACACUCUCCCAAUGACAAGCACUUUUAAGCGAUAAACAUAAUGUUUUUUUAAAACUUUACUAUUUAUUGAAAACAAAUAUAUAUAUAUAGAUUAUAUACCCUAUUAUAUUAAAAACAAAUCAUUUUAAUUUUAAAUUUAAUAACUUAAUUUAAUUAUUAUUUCUUUGUUUAAAAAAAAAAUCUAUUCUACUUUUCACAAGAUGUAAUUUGUGUUGUUUAUACGUAAGAAAUAUUAUUUAUUAUGCAUUAGUUUAUAAGAAAAUAAAAAUAUAAGAACAAAAAAAAAAUAAAACGAAAAAAUCUAAACUAUUCAAGUUCAAGAGUUCAAAGUUAAAACAAGAUUACACAAAUGUUCUUGCGAACCUACAAAACAAUGAAAAGAUGCAAUUACAUUCAUAGCUACAAAUCAAACACACUUUCCUUAGCAAAAGUGGCUAACAAACUAUUCACUCAGUGAUGGUUAAAGUCAAAAGUGCCUCCAUGGUAAUAAAACAAAUACAAACAAAUUUAAAAAAUGCCUAUGGUAAUUUUUGUUUCUUUUCUUCAAACCUAAGCACUACCCCAAAUAAAUACCCAAUGCUUAAACUCUGUCUCUCAAAAUUGUAUUUGUAAAUAUAAGAACAAAACAAAACAAAACAAACUUGUAACACACAAAAAAUGGAUUUAGUUGAAGCAUUGCAAAAGUAUUUUAAAUUAAAUUGUAAAUUAUUAUUAUCGCACAGACAAAAAGAAAAAAACAAAUCAAAAUUUAUGCAAACAUGUUCAAGACUUUGAAUUAAAAUGACGAUUAUUGUAAUAAAUAAGCAAAUGAAGUAAAAUAUUUUACAUAAAAUUAUUAUUAAUCCUGGCAAGCUUUUAAUAGCUUAGUUUUAAUAGGCCUCACCUAUGUAUUCAUUUGGCAGCUUUGCAGAAAAAAACACAUAUUUAUGUUUGUUUUGUGCGAAAACAAAUUUUUAAUUUUGUGACGGAAAAAUGUGAACAACUAUUUAAGUAAAAUUCAAGCGCCUUAAAUUUAUAAAAUCGAUAUUAAUACAACAAAAAAAAAACGAUAAUACAUGAUACGAAAAACACUGCA